CGUCGCCCCACUCCAAUGUUAUUAGUAGCUUUGUGUAGAGUCGCUAACACCUCCGUAUGAAAACUAGUGAAGUUCGAGGCGCGGUGGGAUUUACCUAAAAUGGCUGACACUACAAAUAAGGUUGGUGAACUAAAUCCAGGUUUCGUACAUACAGAACCGUCACCAAACCUUGGUCAAUUAAAUAAUGGAUCUUCGGAACCUAAGCGCUCUAAGGAACAUGGCUUGCCACCACCCGUACUCAAAGUUCCAUUAGAAGAAACAAAAGAAAAAUUGAAAAAUAAUGACGAUCCGGAAGAUGGUGAACCCGAAAGGGUUAUGUGGGGAAAUCAAAUCGAGUUCCUUAUGUCCUGUAUAGCCACAUCAGUGGGUCUCGGCAACGUUUGGCGAUUUCCAUUCAUUGCCUAUCAAAACGGCGGUGGAGCUUUUCUUAUUCCGUAUCUAAUAGUCCUUAUAUUAAUAGGGAAACCUAUGUAUUAUAUCGAAGCGGUACUUGGACAAUUCAGUAGUAGGAACACAGUGAAAGUCUGGUCGAUGGCUCCUGCGAUGAAAGGAACCGGGUAUGCGCAGUCAUUGGCAUGUGGAUAUAUUCUUUCGUAUUACGUUUCUAUCAUUGCCUUAUGCCUAUACUAUUUGGCUAUGAGCUUUCAGCCAACAUUGCCAUGGGCGGUUUGUGAACCCGACUGGAUUAAUUGUGUACCUUCUGGAGCGACAGAGAAUAUCACCCUAAAUGAAAAUUCGACUAGUAGUGCCGAACUAUAUUUCGUACGAACGGUACUUCAACAAAGCGAUGGAAUUGAAGGCGGUCUUGGUUUGCCUAUAUGGUACUUAACCGUCAGUCUCCUAGCUUCAUGGCUUUUAAUAUUCGUCAUCGUAUCCAGAGGUGUAAAAAGUUCAGGAAAAGCUUCUUACUUUCUCGCGAUCUUUCCCUAUGUUAUUAUGAUCAUUCUUCUUAUCAGUACAGUUAUACUACCUGGAUCUGGACAAGGUAUUCUGUUCUUUAUAACGCCGCAGUGGGACAAGCUACUUGAACUUAGCGUGUGGUAUGCAGCCGUUACGCAGGUAUUUUUCUCGUUGACAGUAUGUACAGGACCAAUCAUCAUGUUCUCUUCAUACAACGGCUUCAAACAAAAUGUUUACAGGGACGCCAUGAUUGUCACAACUCUAGAUACAUUUACAAGUUUGCUUUCUGGUAUCACGAUUUUCGGCAUUCUGGGUAAUUUAGCGUAUGUUUUGAAAAGAGAGGUUAACGAAGUAGUCGGAUCUGGAGGCACUGGUCUUGCUUUCAUUUCCUAUCCUGACGCCAUCGCUAAAACUUUCCAACCACAGUUAUUUUCAGUUCUCUUCUUCUUGAUGAUGGCUGUCUUAGGAAUAGGUUCCGCUGUGGCUCUGCUUACUGCCGUGAAUACUAUCCUCCUGGAUGCUUUCCCCCGCGUACCAACUAUCUACAUGUCAGCAAUUUCAUGUGUUGGUGGCUUUGGCAUCGGACUUAUAUACGUUACACCUGGCGGUCAAUACAUAUUAGAGCUUGUUGAUCACUACGGUGGAACUUUCUUUGUACUCUUCUGUGGUAUUGUUGAAAUUAUUGGUGUAUUUUGGAUUUAUGGUCUUGAAAAUAUUUGCCUUGAUAUAGAGUUCAUGUCGGGUCUUAAGACAUCUAUAUAUUGGCGUUUCUGCUGGGGUUUCAUUACGCCAGCUAUGAUGAUGAUUGUAUUCGUUUACGCCCUUUUAUCAUUUGAAGCUCUAGUAUUUGGAGGAUAUUACGUAUAUCCGACUCUGGGAUACGUUGCCGGAUAUAUCAUUUUAUUCGCCGGAAUUUUACUGGUUCCUCUCUUCAUCGUUACAACCAUGUUUAAGUACAAAGACUCUGGCAGAUUUUUAGAUAUACUCAAGAAAUCUUUUAGUUCCAAAUCAUCGUGGGGUCCCCGUGCAUCAAGUAAUAAAAGAGAAUGGCAGCUGUUCAGAGAAAAUGCUAAAAUGGAGCAACAAAUAAUGAGAACUUCUUGGGUCAAACACAUUUGGUUUAGUUUAACGGGUGGAUACAGACGUGGAAAGUAACGAUAUGUACAUCAUCAAUUGUGUAGAUUAGAAAUAUGUUAUUAGAGUAUACAUCACCAGUCUCGGGUUUAUGCCUAGGCCAAAAAGUUACCGGCCUAGGGGCCCGGCUAGCCGAGGGGCCUCACCCAGCCAAGAAUAAAACAUAAUUUUACACUAACCAUUUCGGAAUGGGGGGCUUAGAAUGUCAAAGUGCCUUGGAUCUCUAAGUCCGGGAUUAUAUAUCACACGAAUAAAUUAAUUUUGAAGUAUGUACUAGAUUGAUCUGGAGAUAGGUAUGAAAAUAUUUAAUAUUAUAAUAUUUAGUGUUACGUUAACGUUAAAGGUUAAAGGUCGUAGUUUUAUUAAUCUCGUCAUUAUUGUUGUAGUUUAGACUCGCAAUAUAUAAAGAUGACAAAGUAUAAAAAGCUAUGUAUGAGUGAGACCAGGUUAUUUCAUUAAUUUUACGUAAAUAAUAAAUAUAUAUUAGGAUUUUCGAAAGUUCGGCAUAGUUUCGUUAACGCUGGACGCAACGGUCGUUAUACACGUAGUCACCCCAGGCUUCGUCAAUACCAACAUACCAAUACCGUACCGUAACAGCCUGUGAAUGUCCCACUGCUGGGCUAAAGGCCUCCUCUCCUCUUUUUUGAGGAGAAGGUUUGGAGCUUAUUCCACCACGCUGCUCCAAUGCGGGUUGGUAGAAUUCACAUGUGGCAGAAUUU